UGUUGUGUGACCUAUUAAUAUAAUCCAAAUAUGAUUUGCUAAGUUUUAGAUCCAUUUUAACCUUGACCCAUAAAUUAGUAAUAUUUAGUCGUGUUACUUAUGGAAAUGACUCUCCCCUUAAAUCAACCCAUUUCCACAGCCCCUUUGUAAAAAGAAAUAUCCCAAAUUAUUGCAAGAUAAUUGAACAUAUUUUGCUGCAGAAUAAGAAAUCGCCCCCAACACUAAUAUUUACGGUAACGGAGGUUCACAUAUGACGUGCACUUACUGGUGAUUCACUGUAUAAUGAAUUCUGCGUAUUCAGUGGGUGAACUCAGUGUAGAGAAUCCAAACUGGUAGUAAGACGCUACGGCAGCUAAGACGGUAUUUAACAAAAGCGAUUUCUAAUCACUUCCAGUUAAAAGUCAAAGAAUGGCAGCGUACAGAUUGGUGCUGAUUCGUCACGGAGAAAGCUGCUGGAAUCAGGAGAACAGGUUCUGCGGUUGGUUCGACGCAGAUUUGAGCGAAGCUGGGGUCCAGGAGGCGAAACGAGGCGGCCAGGCUCUCAAAGAUUCCGGUUUCGAGUUCGAUGUGUGCUAUACCUCGGUGCUGCAGAGGGCCAUACGCACACUUUGGCUCGUGCUGGACGGCAUCGACCAGAUGUGGCUGCCGGUGCACCGGACCUGGCGGCUGAAUGAGCGACAUUACGGCGGCCUGACGGGGCUCAAUAAGGCCGAGACUGCAGCCCGGCAUGGCGAGGCACAGGUCAAGGUCUGGAGGCGUUCGUAUGACAUCCCCCCGCCCCCCAUGGAUGCCGAGCACGACUUGUACUCUGCAAUCAGCCAGGACCGUCGCUAUCGUGACCUGAGCAAGGACCAGCUACCCAUCUGCGAGAGCCUCAAAGAUACCAUUGCCCGUGCUCUGCCCUUCUGGAAUGAGGAAAUUGUGCCUCAGAUCAAGGAGGGCAAAAAGGUGCUGAUUGCAGCCCACGGGAACAGCCUGAGAGGAAUCGUGAAACAUCUGGAGGACAUGACAGAUGAGGCCAUCAUGAACCUCAAUCUGCCCACUGGAAUCCCCAUCGUCUAUGAGCUGGACAAGAACCUGAAGCCCAUCAAGCCCAUGCAGUUCCUGGGAGACGAGGAGACCGUCCGCAAGGCUAUGGAGGCCGUGGCAGCCCAGGGAAAGGCUAAGAAGUAGAUCUGCUUGGCUGUGGGAGGAAACAGGUUAUUGAUGAACUCCUUCCCUGAGCCUGAGAAGAGAGGUCAAGGUCCCUUCAGCGCAGCCCACAGGAAAGCGAGGGUCAGAACUUAAAUGACCUUUGGCCGACUGAAGUCAAGGACUCAGUGCCUCUAUGGGCUGUGAGAGGCCCUGGAUCAGGCAUCAGAGACUCUGGGAGCAUGAGUCGUGCUCUACGGUAUAGCUACUAUAAGGAAGGAGAGGCACUGUCCUGUUACAAUGAUGUUGCCCCCAUAAUUAACCCAGAUGGCAGAUUCCAUCAUCACAUAGUUAUCCAGUUAAAUAAAACAAACACGUGAAGAAAA